CCUCGAGUCGUAAAGAUCGGAAAAUCGAAGAAAAGUCCGGAGUGAACAAGUGUCGAGAAAGUAAAACCCCUAAAAAAAUAUUCAAGAAAACCCAAAAAAUGCUGAAUAUGGAAAGUGCGGGUGUGGGUGCUGCGAUGGCGGGUCUGAGCAAAUCGCUUACAACUCCCUUCUCCAUCAACGACAUCCUGACGCGCAGCAAUACGGAAACAUCGCGUCGCAUGUCCAGCGUGGACUCCGAACCGGAACCGGAAAAGCUAAAGCUAAACCCCUCCGAUCGCGAGCGAUCCGCCUCCAAGUCACCGCCGCUCUGCUGCCGAGAUCUCAGUCUCUACAAACUGUCGCAGGCCAAGGAGAUGCAGUCGAGUACCCGGCCCACCAACAACUAUCUGCAGUACUAUGCGGCGGCCAUGGACAAUAACAACCAUCAUCAUCAUCACCAGGCAACGGCCACGUCGAACUCCAGUGCCGCGGACUAUAUGCAGCGCAAAUUGGCCUACUUUGGAUCCACCCUCGCCGCUCCCUUGGACAUGAGACGCUGCACCAGCAACGAUUCCGACUGCGACUCACCGCCGCCUUUGAGCAGCUCGCCCUCCGAAUCGCCACUUUCCCACGACGGCAGUGGUUUGAGCCGCAAAAAGCGGUCGCGUGCCGCCUUCAGCCAUGCUCAGGUCUUCGAACUGGAGCGCCGUUUUGCCCAACAGCGCUACUUAUCCGGGCCAGAACGCAGCGAGAUGGCCAAGAGCUUGCGGCUGACGGAGACCCAGGUGAAGAUUUGGUUCCAGAACCGUCGCUACAAGACCAAACGCAAGCAGAUCCAGCAGCACGAGGCUGCUCUUUUGGGCGCCAGCAAGAGGGUGCCCGUCCAGGUUUUGGUGCGCGAGGAUGGCAGCACCACCUACGCCCACAUGGCUGGCCCGGGGGCGGGGCACGGCCUGGAUCCCGCCCUGAUCAACAUCUAUCGCCACCAGCUGCAGCUCGCCUACGGUGGUCUUCCGAUUCCCCAAAUGCAGAUGCCCUUCCCGUACUUCUACCCGCAACACAAGGUUCCACAACCCAUCCCACCGCCCACACAGUCGUCCAGUUUUGUGACCGCAUCCUCGGCGUCCUCGUCGCCAGUUCCCAUUCCCCUCCCCGGUGCAGUGCGUCCGCAGCGAACCCCGUGCCCGAGUCCCAAUGGCCAGGUGAUGAGUGUGGAGAGCGGAGCCGAGAGCAUCCAUUCGGCGGCGGAGGAUGGCGACGAGAAUGUGGAGAUCGACUAGGUUGCAGGAGGCAACUUCCCGGAGCAGGAGGAGGGGUUACGUUUUUGUGAUAGCCGUAGAAAUUGUGUUUUAGUCUCUAUGUGUAACCAAUAGAUGUCCCAUAGCUUUAGUAGCCUUAAGUUUUAGUUGUA